AGCUUGCCACUGGCCGUCUUCUUCCCUGCUGCUGGCAGUGCUGGGGCUGGCGAACCGGAGCGCUCGGCGCGAGCUAGCGCGCGCAGCUGCUCCCGCUCCCGGGGCCGGGGCUCGCGUUUGCAAAGGGACCCCGCCGCCACGCUUGCUCUUAAAGGCACAGGCGGAGGCGAGGCGGAGCGGCAGCCUGCUGCGGGCUAUGUUGGGGAUCAGCGGGGAGCUCUGAGUGCGGGAGCGGCUGCGAUGGCUUCCAAACUCCUGCGAGCCGUCGUGCUGGGUCCCCCCGGGUCUGGCAAAGGGACCGUGUGCCAGAGAAUUGCCGAGAGCUUCGGGCUCCAGCACCUUUCCAGCGGGCACUUCUUGCGGGAGAACAUCAGGGCAAAGAGCGAAGUUGGUGUCUUGGCAAAGCAGUAUUUAGAGCGAGGCCUUUUGGUACCGGAUCAUGUCAUCACCAGUGUCAUGAUGAUGGAGCUGGAGAAAAAGCAGUCUCAGCAUUGGCUACUUGAUGGUUUUCCUAGGACACUGGUGCAAGCUGAAGCACUUGACAGAAUCUGUGAACUGGAUCUAGUGAUCAGUUUAAACAUCCCAUUCGAGACGCUAAAAGAUCGUCUAAGCGCUCGUUGGAUUCACCCAGCUAGUGGAAGAGUGUAUAAUAUGGAGUUCAACCCACCUCAUGUACAUGGGAUCGAUGACAUCACGGGUGAACCAUUAAUCCAACGGGAAGAUGAUAAACCUGAUGCUGUUGCUGCUAGGCUAAGAAAAUACAAAGAUGCUGCAAAGCCAGUAAUAGAAUUAUAUAAGAGCAGAGGUGUCCUACACUCAUUUUCUGGGACAGAGACCAACAAAAUCUGGCCUUAUGUUUACACUCUGGUUUCCAGCAAGAUCCGGCCUGUCAGUUCCAAAGAAGCUGAUUAACCAUCUUAUGUAGAGGAUCAAGAAUUUAAUAUGGUUGUUCAGUUUGUUUCUCUGUGCCGUAUUGGUGCUGUGCCCAGUUAGAGGAUAGUACAAUGUCUAGAACAACUUCUUGGGUUUACUGGAGUUCUGGAAAUGCAGUUACAGCCAGCGUCAGGGUGGAAAAGAACUUUCUGUAAAAGGUGAAGUCUGCUGGAAUAAAUUUUAGUUUUCAUGCUA